UUUCGUUUCAGUUAGAUUUGUAGGAGCCUGUGACGUAAAACUAUGAUUGUUUUGGAAAGUCCUUCGAAGUUAAUGGCAGCACAGUUAGCUAGCUGCUCACUGGAGGACCCAACAACUGAAGAUUCAACAGCGCAUGAGCCACAAAGAACCAAAAUCUCUGUGAAUGAAAAGGAAGGAAAAGGAGUUGCAAAGAAAUCGCCCUUGAAAAGAGAUCGACCCAAUACGAGAUCUCAAAACAAAACUAAAGCAUCGGAAAGUGAAGAAAGUAAGCCAACAGAAUGUAGUAGUAGUACCAAACAGGAUGACCUUAUGAAAGUGAUAAAACAAUUUCCUGAAAUUGAAAACAGCGUGCGAGUUUCUCCUCAAAAGAAAUCAAAAGAUGAACAUGACAAUUUUUCUACUGUAAACAAAACCAAUUCGAUGGCGUCUAAGAAACAGCUCCAUUUCGAUGAAACACUAGAACAAUUAAGUCCUCAAACAGUAAUUGAAUCUAUUGGUUCCAAUGAUAAUUCUGCAGUUAAUGUUGAGAAAAUCUGUCAAAACGAAGAAAUAAAGCCUGGAAACCCGGAAAUCCUAUUAGGUGAGACAAAACUAAGCGAAGUGAAGAUUAUUGAUAGCUCUUUUGUUCCUUCAAACAGUAAUUUACACGGUGCAGACUCUGGCCAGCAAGAAACUGCCUCAAGCUCGCAUGAAAAAGUUCCUGGUGAUAGUUUACAUGGCCAUUUGAACAAAAAGCUAGCAAAUAAGCCUAGAAGGUCCCAAUCUGUAGAAGUUACGCCUAUAAAGCCUUCCAAAGGCAAACAAGGCGAUAAAAAUAGUAAAAAGGUGGCCGGCGGGAAGUCUAAAAAGUUAAGCAAACGCGCCACAAGUCAGGAAAACUUGAAGGAUUCAAACUUCAAAGUCACCGAUUUCUACGAGUACCGUCGAAGUUACAGAAGAUUAUAUACCAAACAGCCGACAAAAGAAGAAUUGUAUGAAAGAUGUGUUCUUGAACAGUGUAAGGAUGGUCUAAAAAUUGAGAAUUUUCCAGGAAAGGGCAGAGGAAUUGUCGCUACUAAAACCUUUGAGCGAAACGAUUUCGUGGUUGAGUACCGAGGCGACUUGAUUUUGCCGAGCGAAGCGAAAGAUCGCGAGGUUAAGUUUGAAAGUGACCCGGAAGUCGGCUGCUACAUGUAUUACUUCGUGCUCGGAAAUACGAGAUACUGUAUUGACGCGACGAAAGAGUUAGAAUCGUUCGGAUAUGGAAGGCUUUUGAAUCAUUCCAGAAAGCAUCCGAAUUGUAGGACGAAAGCGAUUUGGGUGAAGGGAGAGCCGAAAUUGAUUUUGAUAGCAAAUCGGACUAUAAAUGAAGGCGAGGAGUUGUUAUAUGACUAUGGAGACAGAUCUAAAACAGCGAUUGAAAAUCAUCCCUGGUUGGCUCAGUGAAACUGAUAGUCAACUUGAAACUCUUUUAGCUCAAACUUUUGGACAGGCGGUUUGUUUUUGUACGUUCUAGUUUUGUCCUUUUGAUGUUUUAUUUCUUUUGACCUUUUGUACACUUUUCAGUGAUUUUCCUUGAUUUGAUAAUUCUCGAAUGUAAUUCACUUUCCGCGAUA